GCAUCAACAACAAUGAGUGUUAAGGCUGGCCCACAGCCAGAGACGCUGUUUCAUACGUGCAUCCGAUUUGUGGCAAAAAAUCUACAACUGUACAAAAACAUCGAAUAUCUGGAGCUGCUGCCAGCACUGGUAAAGAAUGCCAUCUUCCUAAACGUUGUGCGCGUUCACAAAGGCUUCCACGACGAGGAACUUCCCCGGCUGCUGCUUAACUCGUCCCUCACGCGAAUAAACCUAUCCACAUCGACGAUCACGGACGGUAUACUGACGCUGUUGGCCGAAAAGUGUCCUCACCUGCGUAGCCUUACCCUAACCGAGGGCAACUAUCGGUUUACCCGUACCGGCCUGAACGUCAUGAUACAGCGGCUGGGCAAAUUGCAGCAUUUGUACGUGAAAAACUGUCCACUGAUUGACGAUGAGUUCGUACGGCUGGUGGCGGGUAGCUGUCCCCAGCUGGACACGCUCGACCUAGAGUCGUGCAUGAACGUCGGAGAUGAAUCGGCCGACUGUUUGUCGGGAAUGCCGCUGGUACGGCUGAACGUUUCGCACACGAGCAUUACGGACAAAUUUCUAAAGGCGAUCGCGAACGAACGGUGCGGAAAGACGCUAGAAGAUCUGAACGUGGGACACUGUCCGAUUACGAGCGAGGGACUGUCGGCGCUGUCCUGGAACACGAUCAAGUACAUUGGCUUCGAGGGAUGCAGUAUUGAAGAUCUUGAAAUUGUUGGCUUUGGCAAGCAUCUGAAGUACAUCUGCUGGACCAUCUCUAACUGAUACAGCGGUGGCCGCUGGAAUUACUCAUACCCUACCGCUUCGCAAACAACGUGAAAAGGUAGUUAUAUCUGCACAGACAAAUA